GCCUAGAUGCUUUUGGUAAGAUUAGUAAGAAUCCUUUUGCUAAAUAUGAAAACAAAAUUAAAUUUAUUUUCUCAACUUCCAGAGACGUCUACUUUAAGAAAAUAAAUUUUGCUGAAUAAGGUAUUAAAAAAUGUCUCCAAAGGACGGUUACAUUUUAACUGUACAUCGCAUCAAAAUGAGGUUAGAAAGUACAGAUACACACAUUACAGUACCAAAAAAGAACUUGAUCAAUUUCUAGACUGUAGUUACAACAUAAAGUAUGUAGUACAACAACAUAAACAAAAGUACUAUACAGAUAUUAAAGUAAUAUUAUCAUCAUUAUUAGCCAUUGUUUUGAUUAUUUAGGGCCUUAUUCGUUAGCCUGCCAAUACUCUUCAGUUCAAAAUGCUACCGCAAGUCCAGAACCAGCUUGCAACUCAUGUACCAGAUUUGGUACUUGCGCCCUCAAGUUUGGACAGGCAGCUACCAUUUAGUCAACGUCUCGAAGGGAUGCUAAUGUUUGCUGAUAUUUCAGGUUUUACUGCUCUUUGUGAAAAAUACAGUUUGAGUUCGCGUAGUAAUGGAACAGACAAGCUUUCGAAGACGUUAAACGACUAUCUGGGUGCGAUAGUCGAGAACAUCAUUGGCUCAGAAGGAGACGUCCUGAAAUUUGCAGGUGACGCGUUUAUCGCACUGUGGAGAGUUCAACGCGACACACUGGACAACACGAUAAUUCGUGUCAUCAAGUGCGCACUUCGUAUCCAGGAAAAAUGCGACAACUGGAACACUGAUGUUGGAGUCCGUCUCAGAGUCAAAAUUGGUCUUUCUAUUGGUCCAAUGCAAGUUACAUACAUUGGCAACGACGAAUGCCAACAAGUAGCUUUGAGUAGUACGGCUGUUGACGACGCUAAUCAGGCGGAAAAGUUUGCACAGCCAGGGGACAUCAUAUUGUCACCGAAAGUAUGGGCUUAUGCACCUGAUCAUGAUCUUUGCCACAUCGAAAAAAUGUCAGAUAAUAAACACAUACGGGUAAUAUCCUAUGGCCUUCCACCUCCUGAGGAAGAUCUUCUAGGCCUAGCUAAACAGCAGGAGUUACAGGCGAAUGCUAUCAGUGGCGCCCUUCUUGGAAUCUCGUCCCCUGGUAAACGUGUUACUUCGCCUAGGAAAAAAAUGGUUGAUGACAAAGAAGCCAAGAUUGAUGAGAAAGGAAGACUCAGACCGGCAGUUUUUCGGCCGCCUUCCAAAAAAGAGAAAGAGGUCCUACGUAAAUACGUCAUCAAGCCAGUCUUGAAAAAGAUUGAGGAUGGCCAGCCACUGGAAUAUUUAUCAGAAAUGCGUCAGGUGUCAGUGGUUUUCAUCAACAUCAUCUUCGUGCCGACAAAGGACGCUGAGGACACCAACAACAACCUACAACACGCUUUCAAUAUUAUUUAUAGCAACUGCAGGCAAUUUAGAGGUUGUCUCAACAAGAUAUUUAUGUUUGACAAGGGUUGCACAUUUCUGGUUAUUUAUGGAUUGCCGGGAGACAAGCAUGAGGAAGAUUGUGCUCAUGCGCUGAAGUCAUCUCACGUGACGUUAGACCAACUUAAAGCAACUCCUCUCGUUUCGCAGGUAUCAAUUGGAGUCACUACUGGUUCAUCGUUCUGCGGCGUUGUUGGCCACAAACACAGACACGAAUAUACAGUGAUUGGACGAAAAGUGAACAUGGCCGCCCGAUUGAUGAUGCAUUAUCCGGAUAAGUUGUCAUGCGACCCUGAAACUUUCCACCACUCGAAGCAGCCAAGACAUUUCUUCAAGGAACUUCCGCACAAGGAGAUGAAAGGUGUGCGUAAUCCGGGCACCAUUCAUGAAUACUUAGAGGGCUCCGAAAACAACAUGUCAGUUCCCCUAACCGUCACGGAGUUCGAGUUUCCUAUCCUAGGUCGAGAAAAAGAAAUUGAAGAAUGUAUGCUUCAGUUGCGCAAGAUGAAGGAAAAUCCAAAAGGUAGCACUUAUAGCAAUAUCGUGAUAUACGAUGGAGAGUCAGGAAUUGGAAAGACCCGUAUGUUAGAUGCUAUCAUUAUUGAGGCUAUGAAUGAGGGCGUGCGGGUCUUACCAUUAGCAUUGACAAUAAAUGACCACAACACACCUUACUACACUGUUCGCUCGCUCAUCCAGAUGUUAAUGGAAAUGGAAGGAUGUCAGAGUCACGUGGAGCGCGAGCAUAUACUUUUGAAGCACACUCAAAAUGAGUCGAUCCGAGAGGAUCUCUGCCUGUUGAACGACCUUUUAAUGAUCAAGAUGCCAAACAAUCCUAAGUUCGUCAUGAUGAACAUUGUGAAACAAAACAAGGAACUUCGGUCACUGCUCAUGAGAAUCGUAAGCCAAUUUACUACAGAACACAGUAUUCUUUUCGUGAUAGACGAUGCCCAUUAUAUCGACAAGGAUUCUUGGGAUUUUCUUGCAGACCUGACACAAACUCCUCAGGUCAUGUGUGUCUUAUCCAUGAGACCAUUUACCAAGGAAUACCAGCCAAGUGCGUCGGCUAAAGGCGUUCUCUCUGGCAAAAGAGUUGUGAAGAUUCGACUUCGUGGAUUAAAAUCAGAUCAAAUGGCAUCACUGGCUUGUCAGUUGUUAGACGUCAAGAGAGUUCCGAUAGAACUCGUGAAAUUGCUAAAAGAACGAAGUCAGGGUGUACCGUCUUGGUGCGAACAACUUACAAGAGAAAUGUUAAGUGAGGGACACAUACAAGUCGUUUCACACAGCAAUACUAUUUCCAAAGAGGCAAACCAAGUAUCACCAAGUAGUGAAGCAAUCCAGAAAAGAAGAGGAAGUGACGGAAGUAGUGGUAGUUACAGUAGAAGUCGCAGAGGCAGUCUCGAUGUUAAGGAUACUGGGUCGCUUAAAACUCCCGUUUUGGGAACGCAGUUGCUGGAACGACUGCAAGAUAUUGCUGAGUCUACAAAUGACGAUGAUGAUACAUACGAUGAUGACCUCAAUGAAGAAGGCAUGAUUUGCAUCGUCACACCUGAUGUAGUGCUUGCCAACUUACCGGUUCCAAAUUCUAUGAAAGGAAUGCUGAUGGCACGCAUCGACAGAAUGAAACCAUCUGAACAGAUGGUAGUAAAAUGCGCUGCCAUCCUUGGCAUUACAUUUACGAGGGCAAUGCUGGAGGUGAUCGUUCCGAACUGUAAUAUACGGAAAUUAAGACGCUCUUUACAAACCCUUAUGCAAACGCACGUAUUCGAGUGCGCAACACCACCGUCCGACGUCGCACAUACACAACGACUCAACAUUAAAUUCUCUAGCCAACAGGGCUAUGCAAACCGAAUGAAAGGUCAAAUCGAAUGUCAUUGCAUGCAGACCGAAGACGACGAGAUCCAAGACAGGGAAGGAUCUUUUCAAUGCCUUCCAGUAACAGGUUGCAAGUUUCUGCGUUUCUGCAGCACUCUGAUGCAGGAAACGGCGUACGGUCUCUUCCUGAUUAAUCAGAGAAGAACACUACAUGAAGAAUCGGCGAUAUAUCUAGAGUCUCAGGCACACAAGUGCAAACACUGUGGUGGAGGUGAUUUCAUACCUGGACACCAUUCGGAAACCGGUGGUAAGACUGAGAAGAUUCAUAGGACAACAUUCUCGACAACUUCUAUUACUUCCAGGAGAGGUGCUGUUGGUGGAAAAACAUCAACUGACGAAAAAUUCACACAAGAAGUCAGCCGUCAAAAUAUGCCACUAAAUAAAGUGGGGGUAUCACCGAAGCUAGGAUUAGCUUUAACAACCACAGAAGGAACCACAGUUGGUGACGUAGGACAGAAAAAGACGGCGAAGAUUGGUGCUAGCGAUGUAAAAGAAACAAAAGAAGGUGAAAAUGCAUUUAAUCAAAGAAAAGGACGAAGCAUGAGCCUACGGAAAUCAUCCAUCUCAAGUCAAUUGAGUAUAAUAAGUGUCGACGAUUCAUCUGAAAACCGUGGUGGAAAUAAUGAGAGCAUCCUUGAAGUGAUCGACAUGCGGGAGUGCGAGUGUCCACUCAUACUCAACACAGUCUACCCUCAAUUGGUCCGACACUGGAGGGCGGCUGCCAACACAGAAAAAACUAUACAUUUUCUCGCAGAGGCUGGAAGCGCAGCAGUAUCCACCGACAAUAAUUUGCAGGCUCUGUCAUAUCUCAACGAAGCGCAAGAUUUGAUCAGAACCCUGGAUGCAGGCGAGAAACCACUUUGCGAUGACGUCAACGAAAAUAUCAAUGUGAAUAAAUACGAGCGUGCGCACGUGGAAAGCACAAUGGGACAGGCAAUAUUCCAAAUGGGCCGUUAUGAUGAAUCCAAAAUCCAUUUUUUGUCAGCUCUGCGGAUUCUUGGAAAUCGACAGCGUAAUGUCUUAAUUUUGACACGCUUUAAGAUCAUGCUCGAAGGAAUUAAACAAUUUGCCCACAGAAAAUUUCCAAACUGUUUCAUCGGACGUGCUUCGAGUGAAGUGAGUAAUAUAUACGUGGAGCAAGCAAGGUGUUUGUCGUACUUGUGGCAAAUCUAUCUGAAGAAGAAUGACAAACUGCGAGCACUGUCGUCUGCUUUGCAACAACUUAACCGUGCCGAAUCAUCUGAUGACGACUUGCACGAAUUGAUAACUGCAUAUAGGAGCAUAAUGGAGUGUUGUCAGUUAUUCCAGUGGCCGAGGCUUGGUGAUUUUUAUGAGCGGAUGGCAAUGAGAAGGUGUAUUGAAGGUCCGGGUACUUUCGGUCCGGAUGACGUCAUCACGGUCGGUCACCUGUACAGUUCAAGCUCGAACUUACGACUUGGUAACGGCAGACUACAAGGAGCAAUCGAUGCAGGCUAUAGUGCACUUCGUAUUGCUAAACGUCUCCAUAACAUUGACCUAGAAUUAGCUGCGUUACCAACUUUGGCACAAGCAUUACUGCAGGCCAACAGGUUAACUCCGUGCGUUGAGAACCUGGAAGCACUGCGAUAUGCCGCUGACGAGGAGGAGAAUAACGUGUCUGUUGGCUGGUAUUUUUGUGGCUGUAUGGACCUUCUGCUUGAAGCCGGUUUUACUUUGGAAGAUCAUAACACGUGCAUCGACUAUUGUACCCGAGCCAUGAGCGAAAAAGCGUUCUCCGUCGACACCACUCCAAGAUUGUACCUAAUUACCUGCCUAGCAUUAUGGUACUCGAGGAAAGGAAAUUGGGAGAAGGCGUCUAGAUGGAUGGAAAUGUAUGAUGAACUUGCACCACACCACCAACGGUCAACUUUAGUCACUGUACAGUCAAACUUCAAAGUUUUAGAAUGCAGAUUACUGCAUGUAUGUCGUGCGCUGAAGGAAGGCGGCAGCGGUCGGCAGGAAAACGCACAAGUUGAUAAGAUCUUUUCAAAGCUGAAGUCAAAAGUUAAAUUGUUCCCAGUUUUGAAACCACGACUGAUGCACCUUCGAGCCUAUCGUCUGAUGCUUGACAACCAACGAACCAAAGCACAAAAAGUUUUACAAACCUGUAUCGAUCUGAGCAAACAGAGGGCGCUCGCUAUUGAAGAACACUGGGCUAAGCACAGUUGCACGUAUUGGUUCGAUCCAAAGUGUCCCAAAACCCUUAGUUCACAUUGGUUACAGUCGGUCGAGAAGGACCUUGAUUGGCAUUCUGCAAGAAACCUCGAUGCUACGAUGGUGAAGUAUUCUCUGCCUUUACCGUACAUUAAGUAGCUGCUGCAUCAUAAUAUGAUUAAAGGAAUGCGUAGAAACUUUACGGGGAUGUUAAGCCUAGGCCUAUACAACGUCAAAAUGCCUGUUACGAAACAAAAAUCUGUACUGUAUGCAUCGAAUAUUGACGUGUUGCUUGCUUCAUCCAAUCCUGCUACGUUGGCGCUCAUGCUGCCAUUUUGAGCGCAAAAUUCACGUUGUUGUCUUGCCCAAUUAUCUUUAAUAGUUCAUAAUAACUCUAUAAAUAGCAUAAUACACCAAUAAACAAUGGGAUGUUGUCUUUUUGAGCUCCUUGUAAAGUUAAAUAAUGUCAAUAAUGUAAAUAAUUGUUGGUGUUAUCAUAAUACGGAGUUGAUAUAACACCUAUGAUUUCUAGUUCACAUUAAAAAUAUGACAUACUACACUAAUACACCGUAUUUUUUAUGCUAAGGUGUGGGUUUUUUUGGUGAUACAGUAUUUAGUUUUGCUUUACGAAUACAGGUUUCCCUCCAUUUAAAGACCACCUCCAAUUAAAGACCACUUUUCUGUGGUCCUAAAUUAUCACAAAUGUAUUUUAUCGUUAUUAUUCUAAUUACAUUGAAGACCAAAGCUGCUAAAGAUUAUGGAAACCCCGGUAUGGUUCCAAAAGUGGUCUUUAAUUAGAGAGAGACCAGUAUUUCAUUUUUACGGAACAUUGUAAGUAUCGUUUGAUUUGUAACAUUCCAUGUAGUAAAUUCAAAAAUUCUUUUAUAACAACUUCCGAUGUUUAAAAAAAAAAAAGAAAAAGAAAAAUUGCAGUUUUACCUUUAUUUAUCUAUUCAUUCAUUUAUUUCAUUCAUUUAUUCAAUGUUCACCUUGAUAAUUUGAUUAGUCUGCUUCUAUCUGUCGUAGGUCUUUAACAUUUGCAUUUUUUUUUUCAAUUUUACAUAUUAAUAAUCCGUCUUAACAUUCUUAAUUUAUGAUAAGCCCUAGGCCUAUGUUAUUUUGUCAGGCUACCUUGUACUAUUGUAACCUAAUGAAAGGCGAUGUAAUACCCAAAACUGUUAAAGUUAUUAAAAUUUAAAGCAAAAGAA